CAAAGAGGCAGAAAGGGAGAGAGAGAGAGAGAGAGAAAGAGAGAGAGAGAAGGACGUAAAGAGAAGCUGAGACAGACCAAAGGAGAGAAGGAGAGUCAAAGUUCUGGGAGCAGUUUGGGAUUUAAGCAGACCAAUUUAGAAUCAAAGGAACAAGUCAGAAGUUUGAGAAGAGAAAAAGGACAAAUAAAGAGCAACAUGCCACUUUAGUUUGACUUUCUUUGACCAAAGGAUUAUCUGAGAGAAGAUCUGGCCUCUGGGAUGUGAAGUGUUUUUGUACCAGCCAGGAGAGAAAGAACUAAGACUGACCAAAACCUGCAAACACCAGAGAGACAGCAGCUUUUAAGACUGGUCACUCAAGACCGCUGCCUAAGGAUCAACUUUCUGAUCAGUUAUACUGAUUCUGCGUCUUAAGGGCUGACUCACUUGGCUUGAUCAAAUAUUGAACAGCUAUAAGUAAUAAUUUAAGAACCGUUACGAUAGCUUAGCAGCACCAAAAGAAAAACGAGAUCUGAUAACAAAGUUGCAGGCACUCAACUUAAGUUUUUUUGAGAAGAGACCAGUUGCUGUAAUAGCAUCUUUCUUGGCGACGAUGACAUUUGCAAUGCUGCGCACAGCGCCUCCUGCAGGCCGCUUCUUGUAUGGCGACAUCGCCCUCCUCUCUGAAGAUGAUGAAGAUAACGGCAGCGAGGGUUCAGGCUCCGAGGAGCGUUCCAACAACUCCUCCAACUACCGCCUGUCCUCCUCAUCGCCAUCUGCCUUUCACAUCAAGAUGAGCAGGAAGAGGAAGCUGUGUGCAGGAAUAGGAGCAGUAGGAGCGGUUGAUAUGGCAGCCAUGGUGAAUAGGCUGGUCCCCCAGGGGUCUCCUCCCUUAGGUGAGGGUCGCCAGAGGACUGCAGCCAACGCUCGGGAGAGGGAUCGAACCAAUUCUGUUAACACAGCGUUUACAGCUCUGAGGACGCUAAUUCCCACCGAGCCUGCAGACAGGAAACUGUCAAAGAUUGAGACGCUGCGUUUGGCGAGCAGCUACAUCAGCCACCUGGGGAACGUCCUGCUCCUGGGCGAAGUGCAUGAUGGACAGCCGUGCCAUGCUCCCUCACCACCUUUCUUUCACGUUAACUCCUCCCCCAGCCGAGGAUCCGACCAAUCAGCUCAGCCGAAACACAUCUGUACUUUCUGCCUCAGCAACCAGAGGAAAAUGAACAAAGACCGAGAGAGGAAGACGGCCAUCAGGAGUUAACAACAUGGAUACAAACCACACUUCACUUUAAGUGAUUUUACAACUUCUGACACUUGAAGACUCAUCAGACUGGUGAACCUCUUGAGACUGAAGGACUGCUUACGCACUCCGAUACCUUUUCAUGGAAGCUUACAAGCCUUUCUUAUCUUUUUAUAUCACUUUGCAGGACUCUUUUACAAUUUAGGGCGUUUUCAAAUAUGCUUGAAACAUUUCUGAAACUGAAGCGUACGUUUGAAGGACAAUGAAAGACUGCAAAUACACUUACAAGAGACUUUUUACUGUAUCGCUCAAAGUGACUCUGCUCGGAGUCUGAGGAACUUAUGGCACAUGAUCGAAGAAACCCACAGAACCUAUGAAAGACGUAUUUGUAUUCAUGACAACCUGUGUGUUAUUGAUGUGUAAACUGAAAUAUUAAUGUAUAUUUAUGUGAUAUAACAUUAUAUAAUGAAACAAUGUAAUUUAACCAGCAAUAAUGGAAGGUUUUAAGAUGAGAAAUGCUGACACAAUUUAAGGCGUCCAAAAAAAAAACUCAUGCUGGAACUUCUGUGGUAUUGUUUUUUUCUAAUAAUCACUCCCUGAAAAUGUCAUCAUGCUGGAAAAUAAGUCAAGAUGACCAAUAAAUGUUUUGUAUA